AUGCUGCCGCUCUCUCCUCUUUUGAGCCGCUUUCCUGAGCUCUGUCCCUUUGUGUCCUUCGGCUUUGAACAGGCACAAGAUGCCAGAGCCCCAAAACCGACGGCGGGUUCGGGUUCGUCCUCUUUCUGCCGGGUCCGUGGAAGGUCUCACGCGUCAGAAAGUGCUGAAGUGAAGCAGUUUAUCAGCCACCUGGAGCAACGGCUCAUCAUGGAAUUGAACCCGGCUGAGGCGCUGGAAGCCAACAGGCGCUUGGAAGAGGAUUUAAACAGAGCCGAAAGAAAAGCUGCUCGGCUGGAAAUGGAAGUGACCCUGCUGAAAAAGAACAUGGGGAGAAAGACAACGGCAUUACAAACCACAAGAGAAGAAUUACGGCAGGCCCGGCAGCAGAUGGAGCAGUCCCAGGCUCUGUACAUGCAGGCGGAUCAGGAGAGGAAAGACGCCGUCCAGAGGGCGGAAGAGCUGCGGGAACGAGUGGCCCAGCUGCAGGGUGAAAACCUUUGGCUCCGUCAGCAGCUGGGGGACGCGCAGAACAAGGCCGCCCCAGAGCCCGUGAGAGAAAUGGGACAGCCAAAGGAGACGUCAGUGGCAGCUGGGACACAGCAGCAUGAUGGGCUGGAGCGAGAGAACCCCCACGUGCCAGAGGACUUGGACAAGGUCAAGGCCAAGGUGUGUGAACUCUCCGCACAGCUGGAGCUGCACUCCCAACUAUCUCUGCAGCUCAAAGCCUCAAUCCAGGGGCUGCAAGAGCUGGUGGCUCUUCUGCCACAAGGCUUGGCCACUCCUGGGGGGGCUCAGGGCCCAGCAGCGCUUCGUGGGCAAGGCUGUGAGCAGCCAAGGGAGGAGCAGCUGGAGCCGAGGAGGAGAGACCUGGACCCCAACGUGCAGAGAUCACGGAACCUGCGGGACCUGAGCCGCUCCGCACAGCCCGGCCUUUCUGCCAGGGCCGGCGCGACGCCGGCAGAAGCCGCUGCCCAGAGCCCGCGGGAGCCGCGGCGCAGACGCUUCCGUCGCCAGGCAAAGACUCUGGGCCAGAGCCGGGGAUGGAGCGGGAGCCCGUCGGGCUCAGGCACCGCUGAGCGUGGGGCUGGAUCUGCUGGGGAUUCGCCCCGGGUGUCUCCUGCUCCUCUGCCGAAUGCAGAUGACGUCCAGGGUCCCCCGGCCAGGGCAACACCGGCCGACCUCGACGGUUUGGAAGAGGAAUUGUUAGAAUAGUUAGAAAGCGGCCAUUAAACUCGUGAAGGUCCCUUUCCCGUGCCCGUCUGCUGUGCUUUCCCAUGGCGGCCCCUCCUGGGCCCCACAGCGCUGGGCUGAGCCGGGGGCAGCGGCUGGGGACAGCAAAGCCCCUGGAGCCCCCAUGUCCUGCUCCCCGGGGGCUCGGGGCUGUGGGGCCGCAGGGGCCGGCCCGGCUCUGGGGGGGCUGCCCAGGCCCUGGGACCCCUCACACCGGGGACGCUGGGAGCCGCAGUCCCUCGCCUCACAGCACCAUUCUCCCAAGAACACUGUUUAAUACAAUGUGAGACGCAUGUACGUUUGUGACAAUAUUUGUCUCCUCUGAUCCUGCCGUGUUUUCCCAUCACCACCCCUCAUGUCCCCAAGCCGGGGGUCCCGGGGGCUCUGCCUGGGGCUGGACACGGCCGGGGCACCAAGGGCUGUGACACUCGCUCGCUUUCCAAACCCAGCGGCUUCCCGGGCUGAACCAGCCAGAGCAGGACUCCAGCUCUGAGCUGAUCCGCACGUUGGGUUGAGUCCCGCAGGGAUUUUACAGCGCAGGAAAAGCCGCUGCCACGGGGCGGUGGACGGGGCUCUGGGAGCAGCUGUGGGGUCUGUGCAGCUCACGGCACCUGCUGCUGCGGCAUUUGCUGGGGGUUCAACAAGAGCCGUGACCAGAGGGUCCACAGGACUACCAGAGCCAGGCCUGCAGAUGUGAACCUGUCGGCUUUGUCAUGGGUAGAGCAGGGAUACAAGAAUCAGAGAAUCCCAGACCAGUUUGUGUUGAAGGACCUUCCCAGCUCCCCAGUGCCCCCCUGCCAUGACAGGGACAUCUUCACCAGCUCAGGUUGCUCAGAGCCCCGUCCAGCCUGGCCUGGGAUGUCUCCAGGGAUGGUUCAUCCACCACCUCUCUGCCAAACCUGGGACAGGCUCUCACCACCCUCAGGGACAACAUUUUCUUCCUCAUGUGGCAGUGCACACUGAAACUGCGCUAAGAUCACACAGAGACAAGCAUUAGCAGGGCCCUGGUCUUGUCCGCAUCCCGAGCAGGUCUUCAGAGAACCUCACGUCCACUGUCCCUCCUCGGCACACCAGGACGCACAAGAUCUUGAAGACAAAGCCCUUGCCAGGAGUUUCAUGGUUGUUUUGAUGCAUGUCAAGAGCUUCUCCUCGGAUGCCACUUGCCCAUGGAAAUGUGAAACCAGGCCCUGGAGAUCUCACGUGUGGCCUCUGCUCCGCCGUACGUCUGCACAAACCCGGGGGAAGAACGACUGGAAACCAGCCCCGACCCCUGGUCGUGGUUUAACCCCGGCCGGUAAUCACAACCACCACUGCCGCUUCUCACCCCCCGAGAGCGGAGAGAAUCGAAACAAAGGGAGAAACUCUUGGACUGAGAUAAACACAGUUUAAUGAAAUAUCAAAAUAAUACUAAUAGUAGAGUGCUAGCUAUGAAGAUGAAAGGUUUUUAACUGCGUGAAGGAAAUUACCUCAUUUUCACUCAGAGCAGCACAGCCCACUGCAGCACAGCCCAGCCAAGGCUGUGCUGCCAUCAGAGACCUGGACAGGCUGGAGAGUCGGGCGGGGAAUAACCUGAUGAAAUUUAACAAGGGAAAGUGUAGAGUCCUGCAUCUGGGCAGGAACAACCCCAGGUUCCAGUAUAGGUUGGGAAAUUACAUAUUAGAGAGCAGUGUAGGGGAAAGGGACCUGGGGGUCCUGGGGACAGCAGGGUGACCAUGAGCCAGCACUGGGCCCUUGUGGCCAGGAAGCCAAUGGUACCUGGGGUGGGUUAGAAGGGGGUGGUCAGUAGGUCAGAGAGGUUCUCCUGCCCCUCUGCUCUGCCCUGGGGAGACCACACCUGGAAUAUUGUGUCCAGUUGUGGCCCCUCAGUUCCAGCAGGACAGGGAACUGCUGCAGAGAGUCCAGCGCAGCCCCCAAGAUGCUGGAGGGAGUGGAGCAUCUCCCGUGUGAGGAAAGGCUGAGGGAGCUGGGGCUCUGGAGCUGGACAAGAGGACACUGAGGGGUGACCUCAUUAAUGUUUAUAGAUAUAUAAAGGGUGAGUGCCAUGAGGAUGGAGCCAGGCUCUUCUCGGUGGCAAACAAUGAUAGGACAAGGGGUAAUGGGAUCAAGCUGGAACACAAGAGGUUCCACUUAAAUUUGAGAAGCAACUUGUUCCUGGUGAGGGUGGCAGAGCCUGGCCCAGGCUGCCCAGGGGGUUGUGGAGUCUCCUUCUGUGCAGACAUUCCAACCCGCCUGGACACCUUCCUGUGUAACCUCAUCUGGGUGUUCCUGCUCCAUGGGGGGAUUGCACUGGAUGAGCUUUUGAGGUCCCUUCCAAUCCCAAACAAACUGUGAUACUGUGAACACAACAGCAAUGGGGACAGGGAACCACCUCGUGGGGGCAGGGAGGGUCCCCACCAGUCGGCACUGGGGGACAGAGGUGACAGCCUGGCCCUGGACAUCAGGGCUUUGCUUCUGGGCAGCUCAGGGCUGCCCUAAGGGACAAGGGAUCCUCUGGAAAACCGAGGUGCUGCCAGCAUCCCAAACCCUCGGACACGGCCCUGACACCUGCCCAGCAGUGUCUGGGGUCACUGGGCUGAGCGCAGGGGUGGCCGGGCCCAGUGACAACGUGCUCUUGGGCCACCAGCUGCUGGCAAUCGCAGUUAUUUUGGUUGGCAAAGCCCCUCAAGAUCAUUUGGCCCAACCACAACCCACCCCUGGCACUGCCCCAUGUCCUGAGAACCUCAUGUCCGUCUGUCCAGCCCUCCAGGGCUGGUGACUCCAGCACUGCCCUGGGCAGCCUGUUCCAAUGCCCCACAGCCCUUUGGGGAAGAAAUUGUUCCCACAUCCAACCUCAACCUCCCCUGGCGCAACUUGAGGCCGUUUCCUCUGCUCCUGGCGCUUGUUCCUGGGGAGCAGAGCCCGACCCCCCUGGCUCCAAGCUCCUUUCAGGCAGUUCAGAGAUCAGAAGGUCUCCCCUCAGCUCCUGUUCUCCAGCUGAACCCCCAGGUCCCUCAGCCGCUCCAUCACACUUGUGCUCCAGCCCCUCACCAGCUCCGUUCCCUUCUCUCCACUCGCUCCAGACCUCAAGGAGUUUCUUGUCCCGAGGGGCCCAGAACUGCCCCAGGAUUG